CCUGUUCAAUGCCAUCUGUGGAUCCUGAAGACGACCAGAGACUGAUUUACUCUGGGAAGCUGCUGCUUGAUCAUCAUUGUCUGAGAGAGUUGCUGCCAAAGCAUGAGGAAUUGCAUGCUCUUCAUCUGGUGUACAACGUCAAGACGUCUAUGACUGCCCAAGAAACCAGCACAGAGGUUAAAACUGGUCAGGCGAAACUAUCACCAGAAGCUGGUCACGAAGCCUCUGCAUCGUCCUCAGGUGGUGAAAGACGCAGAUGCUCCUCUGACAACCAGGCUUCAGCAGAAGCUGCUCCCAGGCUUGAAACAGCUCAGCACCCCUUCCGAAGUGUGGCUCCCGGCUUCUCUGCUUACACAACCUACAGCAUGCUCCAGAUGUCCUGGUUUCAGCAGAUCUAUGCAAGACAAUAUUACAUGCAAUACUUGGCUUCUACUGCUGCAUCUGCUGACGCAGCCCGUACCCGACGUGCUCAGGAGUUACCAGUGGCACCAGUGACGUCCCCAGCUCCUCUCCCUGAGCCGUUUCCUGCACAGAAUCAGCCUGGAAACCAGGAUGUUGCUCCGCAGGUGAACCCAGCAGCCAACCAAAACUUAGGAAUGAAUGCCCAAGGGGGCCCACUAAUGGAGGAAGAGGAGGAGGGCGGCAAUCGAGACUGGUUGGACUGGCUCUACUCAGCAACACUGUUCUAUGUCUUUGUCAACAUCAUCUAUUUCUACUCCAGUGUCAGCAGAUUUCUCCUGGUCAUGGGUGGCACUCUCUUGAUGUAUCUGCAUCAUGUUGGGUGGCUUCCGUUUAGACGAAGGCCAGUUCAGCCCUUCCCAAACAAUGUUCCGGCUCAGGCUGCUGCAAACCAGGAUCAGAACAAUAACUUACAGCAGCAAGAAGAUGCCGGUGGAGCCAAUGAAUCGGAGGCACCUCCCGAGGAAGGACCAGCGUUCCUGGAGUACCAGCAGGCCAGCCCCUCGUUGAUGAGCACGGCGUGGCUUUUCUUCAAGACCUUCUUUGCGUCCCUCCUUCCGGAAGGGCCUCGCGCGGUCCGCAACUGACUGACCCUGGCCACUUGCCUGAAGCAUCAGCAAGUUUUAAAUGUACCCCGUGACAUCAAAAUCCCAGCUCCAAAACAYGAGCAGAAGUGGGCAGCGUCGCCUCCGGCGCACGCUGGCAAAGCUGCGAGAAGCCUUAGGUGAUUGUGGCAUUGGGRCUCGACACGUGCUGGGCUCGUCUUCAUUCCAAAGAACUUGGUCUGCGGUGGGUUAGGUCCCUAGGUAGGAGCUUGGCCUUGGAGCCCUGGGUGGGCUCAGGGCAGGUGUGUUCAGAAACGUAAGAAGCAYGUUGCUUCUUCCCAUGCAAUGUGAUUCCUGUUGGAAUGUUUCAAAUGCUAUUUAAAUUACACUGAGUGUAGUAUCUCCACACAAUAAAUUGCUAGAUAUGUGUUAGCAGGGUUUUUAGGAAAGACUUGUUGGAUUGCUUCAGUAACAGUGCUCAAUCCUAACUUGUUUUCUGUGUGACUAUCUUCCUGUGAAAGACAGAGUGCAACUUCCUUGUGGGACAAAGGAGGGAAAUGAGAACUCUGACCUCUUGAUAAGCAGUUAUCUUUGGAUCAGCUGAGUUGCAGGUUAAAUUUCAGGUUGUCAAAUUCAGAUGAUUCUAAAUCAAGGCCUUUGCUUUCCUACUCCCAAAUUGUGGGAGAAAAGUGCAUUUAAUUCUAGAUGCCAAGAAUUUAUUUAACAUGGCCUUUGUUUCUUGCUUUUGUUAUAAACUCGAAACAAUCAAGUUGUGUAUUUACUUUAGACACUUCCACUCUAGAGCACUUUAGAGGA